AUGAAAAUACAAAAAGCAUGGCCUAACAUCAAAAUAAGGCAUGGGGUCCGACAUUCUAGGCAGAUAAGUAAGAAAUAUAACUCACCCACAGUAUGGACUCCACCUCAGUCGGGGUGGAUCAAAGCCAAUUUUGAUAGAGCAGCUCAGCGUGGAGGGGGUCUAUAUUGGGUGGGAGUGGUUUUUCGAGCUCACAGUGGCAGCAUUAUAAAAUUGGGAGCACAAUGUAUCAAAGAGGGCACCAACAAUGAGGCGGAAGUUUAUGCAGCGUGGCUAGCAAUUAGACGUGCUAGGAAAAUGGGGAUUAAAAAACUAUAUCUGGAAGGGGACUCGUUGAUCAUAAUCCAGGCCAUAAAAAAUGGCCAAAUAAAAGCAUGGCACCUACAAAAUUUUAUCUCACUAAUUUUAGAGGAUUUGAGUCAUUUUGAAGAAGUCAUGGUUAGCCACAUCAAAUGGGAGGGCAACACAGAUGCAGAUAAAUUGUCUAAAUGGGUAUUGUCCUUUAAUCAGAUUGAGGAUUCCAUUUUUGAAGUCUUUGACGGUGUUGUUUGGCGACAGGAUGGAGGCUACAUUCACCUUCCAAACAAAGAAGCAACAUAA